UCUUCAUUUACAGCUUCCUCUCUGCUUCAUACUUUCACAUUACAAUUUACAACUCUCUUCCACUUUCCUUGAACCAAAAUAGAGAGAGGACUGUAUCAUGCAUGCUUCAUCCAGCAACAUGAUCAAACAUGGAUUCCUCAUCAUCAUCCUAUUUCUCAGCCUGCCUUACAAUGGUAUCUCACAAAACAACCAUCCUAACCAAGACAAAAACAUCCUCCUCGGACUCAAACAGCAAUGGUCCAAUCCCCCCUCCCUCAGCCACUGGACACCGUCGUCCGACCACUGCAAGUGGCCGGAGAUCACAUGCACGAGCGGCUCAGUCACGGGACUCGUGAUACAAAACGGAAGCAUCACGGAGGCAAUCCCGCUGUCGAUAUGUGACCUCAACAACCUCACCUACAUCGAUCUCCAACUCAACUACAUCCCAGGACAUUUCCCCACUGUCCUCUACAACUGCUCCAAGCUUCAAUACUUGGACCUCUCUAACAACUAUUUCAUUGGAACAAUACCUGAUGACUUGGAUCGUCUUUCUCCGCAACUCCAGGUGUUGAUCUUGUCGUUCAACAACUUCACCGGGGACAUCCCUCCAGCCAUAGGGAGACUGCUGAACCUCAGGUCUCUUCAGAUGACAGCAAACUUGUUCAAUGGCUCCUUCCCACCAGAUAUAGGCAACCUCUCAAAUCUGGAGGAGCUGUCUCUGAGCUAUAACACUUUUUCACUGCAGUCCAUUCCACACAGCUUCGCUAAGCUGAAGAAACUGCGGAAUCUGUGGAUGACCGAAGCCAACGUGAUCGGAGAAAUCCCUGAUGGCAUUGGGAAUAUGUCCGCCUUGGAGUCUUUAGAUUUAAAUACAAAUCACUUAACCGGUGGCAUUCCUGGCAGCCUCUUUCUUCUCAAGAAUUUAACUUUCAUGUACCUUUACAACAACAGGUUAUCUGGACCCCUUCCUCAGAGUGUCGAAGCCCCAAAGUUGCAGAUUCUUGAUGUUUCCAAAAACACUCUUAAUGGGACAAUCCCAGUUGAGUUUGGGAAGUUAACAAGCCUUACCGGUUUAGCUUUGAAUUUCAACCAAUUGUCCGGCGAGGUACCAGCAAGCAUAGCCACGUUGCCACAAAUUGUAGAUAUCAAGCUGUUCACCAACAAUCUGUCAGGUGUGUUACCACCGGAGUUUGGGAGGUACUCGAAAAUGAAAACAUUUGAGGUAUCUGAAAACCAAUUUGAAGGUGAAGUGCCUAAAUAUCUGUGUGAAAAUAAGGUCCUUAGGGGGGUGGUUCUCUUUGAUAACAAACUGACAGGUGGGCUGCCAGAUUCUCUUGGUGAUUGCAGCAGUCUGGAGGUAGUGCGAAUUCAUGACAACAAGCUCUCUGGUAGAAUCCCUGAUGGUUUAUGGACAUCAGAGAAUCUAACUGAGCUGAUGAUAAGCAACAACUUGUUUUCUGGUGAGCUACCACACAAACUAGGCUCUAAAGUUGGAUUGCUCGAGCUGAUAAACAACCGUUUUUUGGGUUCAAUUCCAGCAAGCAUAUCUUCUUGGGAGAAUUUGAGCGUGAUGAAGGCAAGUAACAAUUUAUUAAGCGGUGCAAUACCACAAGCAUUGACUGCUCUUGCAUCUCUGACAGUUCUUUUGCUAGACGGUAAUCAACUUUCUGGUCCCCUGCCUUCAAAUAUAGUCUCAUGGAAAUCUCUCACAACGCUGGAUCUCAGUAGAAAUCAACUCUCUGGAGAAAUUCCUGCAACAAUGGGCCGGUUGCCGAAUCUCAACUCCUUGGACUUGUCAGAAAAUGCUUUUUCAGGCCAAAUUCCCCCUGAAUUUGGCUCUUCAAUGGUAACUUUUCUCAAUGUCUCCUCAAAUAAGCUGUCGGGAAGAAUCCCAAGAUCGUUUGAAAAUGGAGCUUUUCAAGGCAGCUUUCUGAACAACUCAGGACUCUGUUCCAAUAUCGUAUCAUUGGGCCUCAGCACUUGCGGUGCUGAAACUAGGAAAUCCAACAAGUUCCCUUCUGGACUCAUUGCUGCAGUCUCUAGCACCGCUGCAGUGGCCUUCCUAGCAGUCUCUCUUUACACAAUGUAUGCCUGCAGAAGUUACAGAAAGAGAAAGCAGGUUUCAAGCUCAACUUGGAAGCUCACUUCAUUCCAAAGGCUAAAUUUCACAGAAGCAAUCAUAUUGUCAAGCUUGAGAGACGAGAAUCAAAUUGGAAGUGGAGGAUCUGGGAAAGUAUUCCGUGUCCCCAUAAGUCGCUCAGGAGAAUAUGUGGCUGUUAAGAGGAUCUGGGACAAUGUCAAGUUAGAUGAGAAACAAUUCCUAGCUGAAAUUCGGAUACUGGGCACUAUUCGGCACUCUAACAUAGUGAAACUACUUUGCUGCAUUUCGAGCGAGACCUCAAAGCUUCUCGUCUACGAGUAUAUGGAGAACCACAGUCUGGAUACAUGGCUUCAUAGCAGAAACAGAUUACACAACAUCUCGGGCCAUGUUGUCCUGGACUGGCCCAAGAGGCUGCAGAUUGCAAUUGGAGCUGCUCACGGGCUCACCUAUAUGCAUCAUCACUGCUCACCGCCAAUUAUCCAUCGAGAUGUGAAAUCAAGCAACAUCCUGUUAGAUUCUAAAUUCAAUGCAAAGAUUGCAGAUUUUGGACUAGCAAGAAACUUGAUCAAGCACGGAGAACCUAAUACCAUGUCGGUAGUAGCCGGCUCCUUUGGAUAUAUGGCUCCAGAAUAUGCUCAAACAAGAAGAGUCAGUGAGAAGAUUGAUGUGUACAGUUUUGGUGUGAUCCUUCUUGAAUUGAUAACUGGAAAAGAGGGUCAUUACGGAGACGAGAGUUCGUCCCUUGCUGAGUGGGCAUGGCGUCACAUUCAACACGGCAAACCAAUACUUGACAUUGUGGAUGAGGAUAUAAAGGAUCCACUCUACUUGGAAGACAUAAACACUAUACUGAAGCUUGGAUUGAUCUGUACCAGCACAUUCCCUUCCAGCAGACCUGCAAUGAAGGACGUUCUGCAAAUCUUACUUCGAUGCCAGCCCAUCAGUGACAAGACAAAUGGUAACGAAUAUGAUGUUGUUCCUCUCCUCCAAAGUUCUCACCCAGAUACCUGCUUUCAAUCUGAUCAAAGUGUUUUCACUUCCGUAUGAUGAUGAGUUAGAUGAGAUCUACAUUUAUACAUCUUUACUAGUAAUCUUCAUAUGAAUUAGCAGGAGUUAUGCUGGAUAUUCAGAUGUAGUAAAAUCGUUAUAAGCUAGUAGAAAGAAAUAGGAAUAGAACAGUAGAUAUGAUGUCAUUGUACCAAGAGUGCAAGUUUUCACCCUUUCCUAUUUUCAUUUUUGGUUGUCACAGUUACCUAUUAAUUACAACUAUAUAUUAAUAAAGUGUUUCAGUAUUGCA